AUAACAACGCAACUGAAGACUGUAGGUGAACGCAGGUGGCCUUCGUUCCCCCAUUUCGAUUCCUCUAGCCGUGGAUCAUGGGCACCAGACGUGGAUUUCUCGCAUCUCUUGUUCUGCUUUCGAUACUUGUGCUGCCUUUGGUUCUUCCAGCAUCGGCCGAUGGUUUGGUCAGGAUCAAGCUGAAGAAGAAGCCCUUGGACGAAAACGGCAGACUCGCGGCUCGGCUUGUUCAGGAAAGGAGGCGUUUGAUGGCCCGGAAGCACGGAUUUCGACUUGGUAACGGGGAAGAUACUGAUAUUGUUUCCCUCAAGAACUAUAUGAACGCGCAGUAUUUUGGGGAGAUCGGCAUCGGUUCCCCUGCACAGAAGUUCACCGUGAUCUUUGAUACGGGGAGCUCAAAUUUGUGGGUUCCCUCUUCCAAGUGCUACUUCUCGGUUGCUUGCUUCCUCCACUCGAGGUACAAGUCAACUCGAUCAAGCACCUACCAGAAGAAUGGCAAGUCUGCAGCUAUUCAUUAUGGAUCAGGAGCGAUUUCUGGUUUUUUUAGCCAAGAUCAUGUCACUAUUGGUGACCUAGUUGUUAAAUACCAGGACUUUAUUGAAGCUACCAGAGAACCAAGUGUCACAUUCGUGGUGGCGAAAUUUGAUGGCAUACUUGGACUUGGGUUUAAGGAGAUAUCUGUUGGCAAUGCUGUACCUGUGUGGUAUAAUAUGAUCAAGCAAGGUCUUGUUAAGGAACCUGUUUUUUCUUUCUGGUUUAACCGAAAUGCUGAUGAAGGUGAGGGAGGUGAGAUCGUUUUUGGUGGGGUUGAUCCAAAUCAUUAUAAAGGUGAACACAUAUAUGUUCCUGUAACUCAGAAGGGUUAUUGGCAGUUUGACAUGGGCGAUGUACAUAUUGAUGGCCAGUCUACUGGAUUCUGUGCUGGUGGUUGUGCUGCAAUUGCAGAUUCAGGAACUUCUCUAAUUGCUGGUCCAAUGACAGUUAUUGCAGAAAUUAAUCAGAAAAUUGGGGCUUCUGGUGUUGUUAGCCAAGAGUGCAAAGCAGUAGUAGCUCAAUAUGGGGAACAAAUUUUGGACAUGUUGCUGUCAGAGACUGAACCAUCGAAGGUUUGCUCUCGGAUUGGUCUGUGCACCUUUGAUGGAACUCAUGGAGUUAGUAUUGGCAUUGAGAGCGUGGUGAAUGAGAAUGCUGAUGUAUCAUCUGGUCUCCAGAGUGAUGCUAUCUGCAGUGUCUGUGAGAUGGCAGUUGUAUGGAUGCAAAAUCAACUGAGACAGAAUCAGACACAAGAACGUGUACUAAACUACAUAAAUGAGCUAUGUGAACGGCUGCCUAGUCCCAUGGGAGAAUCAUCCGUAGACUGUGCUGCUAUUUCAUCCAUGCCUGGAGUCUCGUUCACCAUUGGAAAUAAAACAUUUGAGCUUACAGCAGAGCAGUAUAUUCUAAAGGUUGGUGAGGGUGCUGCAGCACAGUGCAUUAGUGGGUUCAUAGCCCUGGACGUGCCACCACCACGUGGUCCUAUUUGGAUUCUGGGAGAUGUCUUCAUGGGAGUUUAUCACACUGUAUUUGACUAUGGCAACUUGAGAGUUGGGUUUGCAGAAGCAGCUUAGUAAACAGACGCGUUUAUGUUGUUGACAUAAAGAAACUCUGGUUUUACAAGAAAAAGGAACUUUGGUUUUAUCGUACGAAGGCAGAGACAGUCCAUGUAUAUGGACCGGGUUAAGAUGUAAUGCAUGGCUAAAAAUGGGCGUUGGGUGCUUGUGUUGGGUUUGUUGAUGUUUUUAGUGCGCAUAUGUGGCUCGUUUAAGUGUUGAUUGUGUUUGCUGUCUUUUCUCUUCGCUUA